ACUAGUACCGAUCCUAUCCAACCGCCGUCACGUAGAGCACGUACAGGUCCCCAAGCUAGCCAAGCCAAAGCCACCCAACGUGCAAAGUUGAGCUUUGCACGACCAUGCAGUUCGUUUCCCCCACCCCCACCCAAACCGCGACGGCUGUGCCUGUGCGCCCAUCGUUGCGUGCCGUCCCGCGCUCGCUCGCUUCGGCGGAAAGGCUUCGGAUGGGCCGUGCAGCGACAUGCACCACGGCACUCCGCGCGCAGUGCGGUGGCCGGGCGGAACCGGUGGAGGCGCGCAAGGACGGCGAGCCCGUGUCUCACGAGCGGGUCCAAGAGGAGGACGAGGUGGAGCAGCUGGAGUUGCUGGAGGACGAGGCCAUGGCCGGGGAAGACGAGGGCCGUAGCCCCACGGACUACGGCCGCCGCGCGCACAUCUUCGAGGAGAGCUCCCGGGUGUUCCGGGCCCUCAAGGAGCGCCGUGACGGGGACGGCGGUGCCAAGCCCGGUGCUGCCGCGACGCGCCACGGCUGAAACGAACACGCCCCACUCCCUCAGAGGACACGUCGCUCCCAUAACUUCCUAACAUCACGUUUUUCUCAUGUAUUACUAUGUAUCUAGGCCGAUCACUGUAUGGAGGUUUCUUUCACGCCAUCGAUCUGGUAGAAUGAAUAUCAUCUCUGAAAAAGAUGGACGCGAUCAACUGUACACGCCGAGGAAGCUGCUCAAUAGUACACGGUACACCAAGCGUGAGUUAGAUAGCCUACCGAACUCAAAACUCUCGCUAUGCGUGUACAGUGUUGCAUAAUUUUGCCUCCGUCUCGGAAAGAAACGAGACACUCCAAUAGCAUCGCCUCUUUGCCUCUCAAUGCUUUAUGAAAAUGAAAAAGAUCACCGUAAUGCAAUUUGCCUCUCAAUGCUUUAUGAAAAGAAAAAAGAUCACCGUAAUGCAAUUUGCCUCUCAAUGCUUUAUGAAAAUGAAAAAGAUCACCGUAAUGCAACAUGAGGGCAUCUUUUCUUUUUUGCAAUGAACAUGAGGGCAUCUUCGACGCCUGGUGGAACGAUAGGUGGACUCUGGUAUCCUCAACUCAUCAGAGUUGAGCCUUGAUGCUCGCAUUUAUCCUGAAUUUAUUUUAAAUUCUGAAGCUCGCAUUUAUUCUAAAUUUAUUUUUUAAAUUAUGAUGCUCGCAUUUAUUUUGAACUUAUUUCAGGAUUUUCAUUCAUGCGCCUUUCAUGGAAGGAGACAUUUUCGUCGACUUCAAGACGCCUACAAUGAUUUCAAAAAGUCUUAAGAUGAUAUGCCGGUUCCAAGAUGCUCAUAGGACAGGAUGUGCGUGUGUUUAUAGGCGUGAUUAUAUGCGCGUAUAUAUAAGCGUUUUGUAUCUGUAUUAUGUUUAAAAAAACACGGUAUCCGGCAUCGCUUAUUUAAUGCUGGAAGCGAUGUCGUGCAGAGA